GGCUGAUCUCCUAUGUUGGGCUUUAAACUAGCUCAGAUGGGGAAUGGGGAGGCAGAAGAAGGAGAACAUCAGGAACCUGCAAUGCAUGGGACGUCCAGCAGUACAGCACAGGAUACUCCUUCAGCCUGAUGACUCCUUGCAGAUUCUAGCCCCAGUGGAAGCUGAUGUGGGUUUCUACACUUGUAAUGCAUCCAAUGCCUUGGGAUCUGAUUCUGUCUCCAUUGCUGUCACUUUAGCAGGAAAACCACUGAUAAAGGCAUCAAGAGCUAUUGUGAUCAACACAGACUUGCCUGCUGUUACUGCUGACAUUGGAAGCACAGUGAAAACAAUCCAGGGAGCAAAUGUUACCAUUAUCUGCCAAGUUGCAGGUGUACCUGAAGCAGAAAUUGCUUGGCUUAAGGAUCAGAUCCAGCUGGGCCCUCCACACCAUUUGCAUGAUGGAUCACUGCUGAUUGCAGAUGCAUCUUUAUCUGAUCAGGGAUCCUACUCUUGCAAGGCAGUCAAUCUUCGUGGGGAAGUGACUGAGAGUACGCAGCUGAUGAUUCUUGACCCCCCACGACCCCUCCUUCAUUUAGAAGACUUGACAACAAUGCUUUUAGUCAGAGAGCCAGGUAUUACUUCAGUGAUGACCUCUCCGUCAGGAACAAGACUGUCUCUAAACCCUGGCAGUUCUGUCCUCAUAGGUUGCCCAGUAGAUGGUCAUCCAGCCCCUAACAUCACCUGGUUUUAUGCUGGUCAACCCAUCAGCAUUGAACACCACAUCUUAGCAGCUGGUCAGAUUCUUCAGAUAUUAAAUAUCACUGACGGUUAUCAGGGUGAAUUCAGCUGCCUUGCACAAAAUGAAGCUGGCUCACUGAUGCAAAAAACAUCUCUUAUAAUCCAAGAAUAUUGGUGGUCAGUGGACAAGAUGAUGGCAUGUUCAGCUUCCUGUGGUAACAGAGGGGUGCAGCUACCCCGACUCCGGUGCUUACUUGAUGGGACAGAGGUCAACGUAUCCCUCUGUAAAGAGAAGCCCAAGCCAAUACUACAACCCAUUGCUUGUAACAGAAGAGACUGUCCUUCCAGGUGGAUGGUGACAUCUUGGUCCCUCUGUACUCAGAGUUGUGGCGGAGGGGUCCAGACCCGUCGGGUGAUGUGCCAGAGACUGACAGCUGCAGGCAGCUCUACUCCCAUGUCGAACGAUUCAUGUGCCCAAGUGGCUAAACGGCCAGUGGACACCCAGUCCUGUAACAGGCAACCAUGUGUGGAGUGGGUGGCCUCCUCCUGGGGCCAGUGUAAUGGGCCGUGUAUUGGACCACGAUUGGCUGUGCAACAUAGAAAAAUCUUUUGCCAGACCAAAGAUGGCACUUCUGUUUCUUCUGAUCAGUGUAGUGCCCUGCCAAGGCCUUUGAGCACUCAGAACUGCUGGACAGAGCUCUGCGGUGUGCACUGGAGAGUCAGUCUUUGGACUGUGUGCACAGCUACCUGUGGUAACUACGGCUUCCAGUCAAGGCGUGUAGAAUGUGUACAUGUCCAUACUAACAAACCCGUGCAAGAUCUCUACUGUUCUUGGAGACCAAGGCCUUCCAACUGGCAACGCUGUAACAUCACCCCCUGUGAAAACAUGGAAUGCAGAGACACCACCAGGUACUGUGAGAAGGUGAAGCAGCUCAAACUCUGUCAACUCACCCAGUUCAAAUCUCGCUGCUGCGGGACUUGUGGAAAAGCAUGAAGAAUGGAGCAACUAAAAUGGAGGAACAGAGCAUCAGCCUUUGCUUCACUACAGCAAGGACUCUUACAAAGAAAAUACAUGGGACAGAAUUCGGUUUUCUAUUUAUUUAUUUCCCCCCUUUUUAAAAAAAUGUUUUACUGAAUCAUUGUUGUAAAGGACUUGACAAAUCUUCCCUUCUACCAAGCUGGGAGACAGAAUGCAGCAAAACAGUCGUGCUGGGACCGAAAAGAAAGCUGAUGAGAACCAUAUUACAAGCAAGACAGCACCAAGAGGAACUGAGCUGUAUAGCAAUCUACAUACAGGUCUUGAGAUCCCCAUCUCUCUGUUGAUGUGUAAGUACCACACAACAAACAUCCCAUUAGCAUCAGAUCAGACUACCAGACUGUGAAUCAAACAGCUUGACAUGCCCUGGGCUGCUGAAAACCUGAUUUGAGCAUUAUACAUUCAGUAGGCAGGUACUUAAUUUGGAGGGUUUGUGGACAUAAAAGUUAUAGUUUUGCUUUUUAAGAGUGUCUGUUGUCUCCAAGACUGGGUUCCAGUUUCCUCUCCUUUCUCUCACUCCUAUAAUUAGAAUCUAGGCCCAGAUCCUCAAAUGGUUACUGUCCGAAUGCUUUUGAUGAUCUGGGCCUUGGUAUCUGAACAGGAGGCUGAACUGUGGUAGAGCAUGAAUUAAUUUUAAAAGCAUCUGAAUAAGUGCAUAGUUUUCUCCUCAGCAGGAAGAGGCAAAAGGAAAGAUGAAGUACAGGAUUAUACAGAAGAGGAAAGAGAGAGACAGAAUGAUAUGCUAUUGACAAACUAUAUUGUGAACUUGCUGAUGUUGCUCUAUCAUUGUGGAGCACUGGCAAGAGAUGUAUGUUUGUAGCAACAAGAGCUACUUACCACGUUGAAUCUAAACAUGAUUUAAGACGUAUGCUGAGUACGAAGGAGCCCAGGUUCCCAGAGUUCAGGGGCUUUCAGAUCUGGGAUCUGUUAUGGGCUUACAGCUAAUAUUUAGUUUGUAAAAAUGGUCUUUAUGUCCUGCCAGUGAGGAAUGUUUCUAUCCUAAUAGCCAAGUCCUCCGCUGAUGAUAAUCACAGCAGCUCUGUUCUCAUGAAAAAUUGUUGUUCCUGUUGUUCCUGUACUGUGUGUCUGGCAGUAAACAUGUUCUCUAUGAUGGGUCUCCCAAGAAAAAUGGUUGUUCCUUUUGGUUGUUCCCGUUACGUAGGUAUGCAGAAUGUAGUGUCAUCAGCAUUGGUUUCACAGUAGCAGUACCAAUUCUUAAAAGACACCAAAACAAAAACCCUGGAUGCUAGAAAACAGCAUAGUUUUAUGUCCACCAAUAGAAUUCUGCAGAUGUGAGCUGAGAGGCAAAGCUCAGAUUUCACAUCUGUAAUGUGACUUUGCUUGCUCAUUAUGGGUCUCUCUCUCUCUCUUUCUCUCUCUCUCUCCUGCUGGCAGUAAUGAUCAAUAGGUUGAAUCAGUUAAGUGCUUCAUUAAGCUAAGUCCUGGGUGCUCUCAAGUCAGGUCAGUGGAAAUCUAGGUUGCUCAGCACCUUGCAUGCAUGAAAAAUUAAAAACAGACUCAAGCUGGAGAAUUGGGAUCUCAACUUCCCCAAACUUUAAGGGUGAGAUGUCCAGGUCAGAAGCUUUAUUUCAGGACCACCUCUACAUUAAAGGUUUGGCUGUGGCUCUUAUGUUGCCCCAGUGGGGCUCACAUCUGGUGGUGAAGUAAUAAAACACUCUGAAAGUAUUGAUAUGUUGUAGCUUCCAUUACAUAUGGAUUUUUCAACAAGCCUGGAAGUUCUUUUGUGAGGUCAAUGUCAGGUCCAUUACAUUAAAUCGCCUGCAGUUUGGUCAUUCCAAAGUGUAUCUGGCAGUAAACAUGCACUCUACAAUGGGUCUCCAAGAAAACUUGUUCCUAAGAAUCAGUGUAACUUUUAUUUAAAAAGAAAAAUAGAGAAUGUGUUUCUGUGUAUGUAAAUGUAUAUCUUUUGUGGAUAUUUAUUAGGAUUUCUUGUAUAAAAAGUGCAGUAUUAAUAAUUGUACAUUAUGUUGUCCAGAUAAAACUAUUUUGGGGACUUUUUUUAUCUCCCUGCAGUUUUGUUCCUGUAAAAUCAAUGGUAAUAAUGUAUUUUUCCUAUUUUUAAUAACAUUCACAUUUAACUUGGGAUACAUUUCACUGUGUACAGAGUGCUUUUGUAAACUAUGACAUUUGUGGGGAGGGUUUUUUUUUAAUAUGCAGCAUGGAAGUUAUGCAUGGAAUGAAGGACAGAUUCCUUAAUAAUAAUGUGAUUGUUGUUUUUACUAAAAUAACAAAUGAAGGGCAGUGAGGCAAGGUAUUUACAUUUCUUUACUAGCAAGACCUAUUCAGAGGAUCACCUGUUGGAUAACUAACUGUGCUUAGGAUAAAGAUUCAGAAACGAAGUCUUGAGAGGCCUUUCUGUUACCUUUGUACAGUACGAAUGUAAUUCUAAAUGUUUGUCCUAUGAAUUGUGACAUAGCAGUAUCACAAUAAGAUUAUAAGGGUUGCUAAAUACUAUAAAAGGAGGCAGUCCCUCCCCCAAAAAACUUGUAUUUAUAUAAUUUUGUACAGAUAUUACAGCCUAUUUAUUUAA